AUGUGUUCGUCUUCACAAGGCUCCAUGAACACUAUCCGCAAGGUGCAAGUGCUCGUCGCCUUUUGCGCCUGGCCACUGGCCCUAGCCGCUAUCUUCAAGUCUCACAAAUCCCCUGAGACCAUCUUCCAGAUUGUCCUAGUACGCAUUGAGCCUCAUGAUACGCAUGAUCGUGCACUGUCAGCUAAUCAAAUCCUUCACCAGAUCUCCCUCUCUGGCGUCGCGGCUCUCGGCAUCCUGUACUUGCGCCGAUUCUCUCGAAAACCACAGGCCGCUCACCUCCCCAUAGAAAUUCUCGUCGACACUGCGAUGGGCACGCUUCUGAUCGGAACCUACAUCGGCGGCAUGAAUAUUCUGGCGAAGCACGAGAUCAGAGAAUGGGGCUACACCUACAAACUGGCUGCCGGGAUUCCGCAGAUCUACUCCAACUUGGCCUGCCUGGUGCUUGGCAUUCUUCACUUCCACAACAUUGCCAAAGCUUCCUUCUUCCGCUACGUCCUCCCCAGCAUCAAGAAUCACAUCGGCGCGACUCACUUCACGUGCCCGUCAUGCACGCGCUCCGCCCAAGUCAACACGGUCGGAGAUCUCAGCUGGAGAGACAGCCACGAUCAACAACACACAACAUUCACACAAGACCUCCACGGUGUAUACUCGGACAGCGAACCAGAGUACCGACCAUUACUCCGCGAAGACCGUCGGAGCGAAGAAGAUAACAAGUACGAAAACGGUAUUCUCAACAUUCAUGAUCGCUCAUCGCAUGAAGUAUAG